AUGAAUAAUUACAUUCAAGGUUUAUUAGUUACACUCCUCUUUGUUGCCGUUGCCAGUGCCGAUUGUGGUUACUAUUGCUGUUGUGAUUCCUUGGUAUCAAGUAUCACUGCCUUGCAAACCAGAGUUACCGCUUUGGAAAAUGCUAAAGUCCAAACCAUUACUGUUACCACCCCAAACCAAAACAAUAUCAUCUCCAGUCAAUCAUGGACUGUUAUUCCAGGUACCACCACUAAUGUCCAAAUCACCGUUCCAAGUAACUUGAUCGUCCAUGUCACCUCAACAUCACAUGCCGACUCCUUAGGAAAUGGAAGUGAGUCCCUCGAUAUCACUGGAUUCAUCAACGGUUACAUGAUGACCCUUGGAAACCCUGCAACCGGUGCUCCAACAGGAUUAGGUGUCACCAAUACUUUGCAAUGGACUACAACAGCUGCUCUCAACCAACAGUUCUUGAACCCUGGAAACUUUACAUUUGAUAUCAGAUCCAGAUUAAGAUAUCCAACUGCCAACCCAGGAGAAGUAAACAAUCCAGGUGCCGUCCUCAUUAUUGUUCCAGUUUAA